CACAGCAGUGACAGUGAGCCUCUGAGUGGCCUUGCAGGGUCUGCACUGCUUCCCCAUCACGUCCGCCCAGUUGCCCUAGUGACUGUGUGACCCUUCUCCCCCGCCCUCGCUGCCACCAGCCCUAUAAAUAGAGGCGAAGAGCAGCUGGGCUCUCUUGGCAGUCACCAUGAGGGCGCUGGUCCUGCUCUGCUGCUUUGUGGCGUCGCUCCUGCUCCCAGGACAAGCAGAACUGCAAGUUUCUGCUUCGGGUGGCACAGAAGAUGUUGGCAAUUUGUUGGAGAAUCAUUUCUCUGCUGGAGACGCAAGUCUAGAGGAGAAGGAAAGGGCGCUUUAUGCAGAGGCGGCCCCUCGAGAGAAGAACCUGCUCCUUCACUCCCCAGAUGGCAGGGAGGCUGAGAGCUCGGAGAAGACUGCUGCUGGGGCCCCCACCACCCCGGGCCAGGGCUCUGACCCCGAAGCCAGCCUAUCCAAUGCCUCAGCCUCAGAGUCAGCUUCCCCCGGGGACCCUGCGGGGCCACCAGGAGCGAGUGCCCUUCUUUCAGAAGGGGAGAGGGAAACCGGGGAAGACAGGAGGCCUGAGCUCAGUGCAGGAGAGGGCCCAGCAGAGGAGGCAGAAGGACAGGCUGGGAGUGGUGCAGUCCCUGAGGAAGCUGAGAAGUUCCUAGCGGAAAACCCCGAGCAGGGAGCAGCAAUGGGGCCCGCUGAGGCUGAAGGCACAGGGACCUCUCCUACCGUGGAGGUCGAACAGGCCCACACGCCUGAGACAACAGGCCAGGGCAGCCCAGGGCCUGAUCAGGGGCCAGAAGGGCCAGAUGGAGUCAUGAACGUGAACGCAGAAGCCAGGGAGGGGCCUGAGGAUCAGGGGGAGCUGGGCCCCAGCCCAGCCACGGAGACAGGGGGUGCCCAGGAAGACCGCCCCCAAGAGGUCCAGGCGCCAGGGAUAUCCAAGGAGGACACGGAGAAGGCCUCCUCUGAGGAAGAGGGUGGCGGCCACAGCGGAGAAGAAGGAGGAAUUCCAUCCCAAGAAGAAUCGGAGGACAGCGGCGACGGGGCUAGUUCAGAGGAAGCAGGGGGCUCCUCUGAGGAAGCGGGGGAACCUCAGGAAGCAGCAGAAACCCCAAGCAGUGGGGACGAGGGGGCCCAGCUGAGCUCAGAGGAACCGAAUCCAGGGCCUGAGGGGAACGAGGCCCUGGAGGCCAAGGCAGAGGAGCCCGAGGAGGGACCUCAGGAAGAGGCGGAGGAUGUGAGUGAAGAAGCCCCAUUGAGGGACCGCUCCCACAUCGAGAAAACCCUGAUGCUGGAUGAGGACAAGCCAGCUGAUGACUACUCUGCGGUGCUGCAGCGGCUUCGAAAGAUCUACCAUUCGUCCAUCAAGCCCCUGGAGCAGUCUUAUAGAUACAAUGAGCUUCGGCAGCAUGAGAUCACAGGGACCCCAACUGGAGUGGCCCAUGCAGGUGUUCUCCCAAGAACCCAAGAAUUGUCUGAUGGGGAAAUCACUUCUAAGCCAAUGGUGCUGUUCCUGGGACCGUGGAGCGUUGGCAAAUCCACCAUGAUAAACUACCUCCUCGGGUUGGAAGACACUCGCUACCAGCUCUAUACAGGUGCUGAGCCCACCACCUCCGAGUUCACGGUCCUCAUGCAUGGGCCCAAGCUAAAAACCAUCGAGGGUAUUGUCAUGGCUGCUGACAGCGCUCGGUCCUUCUCACCCCUUGAGAAGUUUGGCCAGAAUUUCCUGGAGAAGCUGAUUGGUAUCGAGGUUCCCCACAAACUUCUGGAGCGGGUCACUUUUGUGGAUACCCCAGGCAUCAUUGAGAACCGCAAGCAGCAAGAAAGAGGUUACCCCUUCAAUGACGUGUGCCAGUGGUUCAUCGACAGAGCCGACCUCAUCUUUGUCGUCUUUGACCCAACCAAGCUGGACGUGGGUCUGGAGCUGGAGAUGCUCUUCCGCCAGCUGAAGGGGCGUGAGUCCCAGAUAAGGAUCAUCCUGAACAAGGCCGACAACCUGGCCACGCAGAUGCUCAUGAGGGUCUACGGGGCUCUCUUCUGGAGCUUGGCCCCGCUCAUCAACGUCACGGAGCCCCCAAGGGUCUACGUCAGCUCCUUCUGGCCACAAGACUACAAGCCCGAUACCCACCGGGAACUGUUUCUCAAGGAAGAGAUCUCCCUCCUGGAAGACCUGAACCAGGUGAUCGAGAACAGGUUGGAGAACAAGAUCGCCUUCAUCCGCCAGCAUGCCAUCCGGGUCCGCAUCCACGCCCUCCUGGUCGACCGUUAUCUGCAGACGUACAAGGACAAAAUGACCUUCUUCAGCGACGGAGAGCUGGUCUUUAAGGACAUUGUGGAAGAUCCUGAUAAGUUCUACAUCUUCAAGACCAUCCUGGCAAAAACCAACGUCAGCAAAUUUGACCUUCCCAACCGCGAGGCCUACAAGGACUUCUUUGGGAUCAAUCCCAUUUCCAGUUUCAAGCUCCUUUCCCAGCAGUGCUCCUACAUGGGGGGCUGCUUUCUGGAGAAAAUUGAGCGGGCCAUCACCCAUGAGCUCCCUGGCCUCCUGGGAAGCCUUGGGCUGGGGAAGAAUCCAGGUGCUCUCAACUGUGACAAAACAGGGUGUGGCGAAACCCCAAAGAAUCGCUAUAAGAAACACUAGGUUGUUGUGUGGCCGUUCUUGGGUUCCUGUUGGUGAAUGAGCUUGUGUCCUAACUGUCUGAGAAGUCCUGGUUUAUUAACCCUUUGAGCCACACUGGCAAGAAUCAUUACACAUUGGAGAUUUGGGAGUUAAUUUGAGGCCAGUGGUGGGGGAAGGUGUGGUUCGAGGGAGGAGAGUGGAAACUGUGAAUUAUAGUGUGCUUGUCUCGUUGCUUCAAUUAGGGGGCCUGAUUGAGGUAAGUCAGGCCACGCCUGCUUUUCCUGGGUCCUGUCUCGGAAGGACAGAGAGCAGCUAAAUUCUAGUGUAAUGUGUAAUGAUAUACUGAAUUAAUGAGCGUUAAAUAAGCUACAAGUAGCUGAAGUUUUUUAUUCCCCUGUAAGUUGGGAAAAUAGAGAAGACCUGAGUUCUGUAGGGCUGCCCAGGUCUAUUGUGGCUGCCUUAGACACAGUCUUCUGUUUGUCCCCAGCCCUUGGCUGUCUCCUAAGUUUGGGGUGACUUCAACAGGGGACAAUCUCUUGGGCCUGAAUCAACCUGGGUUUUGAGCCUAAUCCCAGGCCUUCUUCCCUGUUUCCUCAAGGGGUGAGGGGGAUGGUUUAGGACACAGAACACUAAGAGAGAACAGGAGUUCCCAGGCUAGGAGAAGGAUCUGCCUCCCCCAUGCCAUUUCUCUGUUGUGAUCUUUUAAGCCAGCUGGGAAGCUUGGGGCCUGUAUUGGCUCCGAGAGGAGGGUGAGUGUUCCAUGUAUUCAGGUAAUUCACUGGAAGUGACUUCAGUGAAAGUACUGGAAGGGCUCAGAGGGUUAAUUGGUUUGCAGUGUGUCUUUGUCUAUUGCAUGUCUUGGAAAACUCGGACCCCAAAGGUGUUAGUUUUCAGAGGGGACAAUGGAGACCUUGCUCCUUUUCAUCAGGGACUUCUCUGGGCAGCCCGCUUCUCUCAAAUGUAAGAGGAGGCUGCUCCCACAACUUCUCUGUGGAGACACUCAGCACAAGAGUCGUUCCUUCCUGGUUUUUAUCACCGUGACUUUUCCUUUCCCUUCUUCUCCAUUCCCUGAUGUGCCAACACUCAAAACUCAGAGUAAUUUCCCAGGAGUCAGAACCAGUACCAGCUACUCGGUGUCGGUAGCAACCAAGGCUUAACCUUCAGUUUCUCAACUGAACUUGAUGCUGAUACCCACCAGAUGCACCACAGGAAAGCCAGGGCCUUCAAAUACCGAUGAGUGUGGAUAAGUGUGUAUUAUGUUGUCCAAGAGAGAUUAGGGAGAUAACAGAUGCCAGAGGAUGUAGCGAAAGAACUUGUGAGAAUCCUGCCUGGCUGGUGUGCCACCACGGAGGGCAGCGGGGAACAGAAGACAUGGGGAAGACCCUGGAGUGAAGAAGCCAUUUGAUGAAAAGUGGGUGAGUGAACAGUUUGUGCAAACCCAGGAGACCAGGCCCAGGGCUGCCUGGAGGGCCUCCUGCCUAGGGAGCCAUCCUCUCUUGGGAGCUUCACCAGGAAACAGGGGCCAGGAUCCGCCAGCACCAGGAAGUCAUCUUGGACCAGAGGAAAGUGAAGAUGAAGGCAGAGGGAGAGGCACCCAGGAUUAGGCAGUGGAAACAAAUUGGUGAUCAGAUUAGGUCCACGUGGAGAAUUGCAACUUCGGAAUUCCUGUUUCUCAGAAUUAUUAGCACUCUGGUGCGUGCUGCAACAGAGGCUGCUUCUUUGGGCUUUCUGGAGGACCUUGAACCUCCCACAGGAAAGCCAGAGGCCCCAAAGCCUCCAGGACAUUGUUUCUAAGGACAGAACCAACCAGAGAAGAAAAGGGGUCUGCUAGGGGCGUCCAAGGAGCCUGGUGACCAGGGCCUGAUGAGCUGCUUUUCUUCUCAUCAAAAACCAACCCUUGCCUCAUCUCUCCAUCAUUUGUCCUCUUGAGCGCCUGCCCUCCCACCUUGGUCCUUAAUGCCCCUUAAUGCCCUCAAGCUCCUCUUGGCAUAUCUGUGUUUCUUAGUGCAGUAGGGGAAAUAAAAUGUGCACAACUGUAUGGGCAUUUUUAUAGCUGCUGAUGUCACCAUUGCUUUGGGGGAAGUGGGUGGAAUGAGGCUAAUACAUUCAUACACUAUUUAUAUUUUCAGGGGUGACAUUACCAGUGUGAUUUUUUUUCCUUUUUUUCUCUCCAUCCAUUUUCCUUUUCUUACUCCUGUUCCUCUGCUCACUCCUUGACUUACCCUUUUUCUCUAACUGCUUGCAGGCUUGUCUGUCAGUCAGCCUGGGCUUUAAGAGCUGUUUGUGCCUCGCUCUGUGGAGGUGGAUUUCAAACAGAAUUCUGACUUUUGGGGGGAUGGGGAGUGGGUUGGGAGUUGGGGGAAAUUUAGGACCCAGAGAUUCCCCCAAGAGAGCAUCUGUAAGUAUUUGUGCCUGAACAGUUGCUGUUUCCUCCAAAGCGGAACCUUUCCAAAGUGUUCUUUCCAUUCUGAUUUCAUCAGGGAGAAAGUCUCAAUAAAGUUCCAAUCUCUCUUUAA